GGAAAACAAAACCCUUACUUACUUUCUUGUUCUCUUUCUCCGCCGUGGUUAUCUAUCUCAGACGUUCUCAUCGCUCAUCUUGACAUCAUGGCCGCCGUAGAAGGACAAAUCUCGGCUCUCAUCAGCAAACGUCUCCGUACUCUCCGCAAGAAAUACAACCGUAUAACUGACAUGGAAGAGUCGAUUUCUCAGGGGAAAACACUAAACAAGGAACAAGAAGACACCCUCCGUUCAAAGCCAAUCGUCUCCGCCCUUAUCGAUGAGCUCGUAAAGCUCCGCAUUCCUCCUCCUUCUGCAGCCAUUUCAGAAGAGACCAGCCCCCCUGCUAAGAACAAGAAACAGCAAAAGUUAUCCCACGCACGUAAGGAGGUAGCUGAGGAGGAAAACGUGACGGCCAAGACAGAUAUCGAGGAUUGCAAGAUCUCUGAUGAUGGUAUCAAUUCUGAGGUUUCCAAGGACGAUACUUCUCCUAGUAGCGAAAGCUCACAAGGUGUUACGCCAUCGCCGCUUAGCAGAAAGGCACGACGUAAACGGAACGCGAAGAAACCUCAAAUUCCACAGUGAUUGUGUCUCCAACUUCUGUGAGUAGCGGAAGUUUUGGCAAAGACAAAGUAAAAGGAAUUGCUUUUGUCACAAUUAGCUAGGGCUUUUUGCGUUUGAGCUUUUCCUUGACAAAAGCUAUAAAACUCUUCCAAAUCCAUUGUUUAAUUUCUUAUAUAUCGAACUAUGUCUCUAGUUGUAAAUUCAAAUUGAAUAUCAUUAAUA